CUCACAGAGAAUUGAUGAGUUGGUUGAGCAGCAGACGCAGGGAACAUUUACUCCCCAAGGUAGGGAGGACAUAUUAACAACGACCAUUGGAAAACCAGAGCACCCAAGACGUGUACGUGCAGUUCCUGGGUCCAUUGGUCUUCGUCAGUACUUUGGCCCUGUACAAAAAACAACUCAAACACCACAAGCAACGAAUCAGGAGGCAUUGAGGUAGAUGGAUCGUCAGUGGGAAGAAAGAUUUCAUCAAAUGGAGCAGCGAUUCAAUGAGCAGAUACAAGAACAAAAACAAAUACAAAAAGCGCUUGAGGAGAAGCUGCAAUCCAUGACGCAGGGCACCCUGGGUGUGCCAACUAAAACUCCCACACCCCCUCCUGCCAGCACCAAAGGAUCGUGCUCUACUGCUGAACCUACUGACUACAGUGGUCAGUAUGACAUGUUGGUUGAAGGGGAUCCCGCACACAUUGUGGCUGUUGGACGAGUAGUUGAGGGAGGAGUCACUAUUCAUGGUGUUCCCAUAGCACCCCAGCACGUGCAUGUCAUGAUUGACGAGGUUCGGGAUCCCGAGGCUCAGGUGCCUGUACCCACUCCAGAAGUUCAAUUUGUGGGAGAGGCCGUAGGAACUUUUUUAGCUUGGCCUAGAGCAUUGACUGUCACACACAUUGGGACACAACAGGUAUAA